ACGUCGAGGUACAAACAACCGCCUAUCGCCAGAGCCGCGCAUUCUCUCCCUCUCCACAUCCCACACCUCAACGACGUCGACUUGUCUUUCUCGCAGCGCCAGCGCACUCGCCUUCAACCUCAUCCUCAUCUUCGAUACACCAACUUGGCUCCUCUCAGUAAUAUACCUGAAGAAACACCACCGUAGUCAUGGCCAACGACGAGUAUGAUUUCCUCUUCAAAGUCGUCCUGAUCGGAGACUCUGGAGUCGGAAAGUCCAACCUUCUCAGUCGAUUCACCCGCAAUGAGUUCAACCUAGACUCAAAGUCGACCAUCGGUGUCGAGUUCGCCACCAGAUCCAUCCAGGUCGACUCAAAGACAAUCAAGGCCCAGAUUUGGGAUACCGCUGGCCAAGAGCGAUACCGCGCCAUCACUUCCGCCUACUACCGAGGCGCUGUUGGCGCUCUCCUCGUUUACGACAUCAGCAAGCACCAGACCUACGAGAACGUCACACGAUGGCUCAAGGAGUUGCGGGACCAUGCCGACGCCAACAUUGUCAUUAUGCUGGUUGGAAACAAGAGCGAUUUGCGACACCUGAGAGCUGUUCCCACCGAGGAGGCCAAGUCUUUUGCUAGCGAGAACCACCUGUCGUUUAUUGAGACCUCUGCCCUCGAUGCCAGCAACGUCGAACUUGCAUUCCAGAACAUUCUGACUGAAAUUUAUCGCAUUGUUUCAAGCAAGGCCCUCGACAGCGGUGACAGCGCCCAGGCCACCAUAGGCGCAGGCACCAAUAUCUCCCUCAGCAAGCCUGCCGACGACGAUGCUGCCAAGGGCGGAAAGUGCUGUUAAAUUCCUCGCAGAGCCGUUUGCAGACGGAUAUAGGGCUUUGGGGGUUUGGGAUACCUGGCGUCUCGUUUGUCCCCGAAAAUGCUCCUCGCUAAAGGAGAGUGGAGGAGGCGAGGAAUCGUGAUACGUCUUUUUUUGAUAUCAGAAGGCGCGGUUACUUCGGCUUUCCUUUGUUCUUAUUUUUUGUCAUGAUGGUUGUCUUGGGGUUGAUGCGUCCAACGAUCGCUGCGACACGGUCAUCUUAACGUAGCUGAAUGAAUUCUUUAUAAUGUUCGCCCUCUAA